AUGUCUUUGGUCGCCAUAGGUGCAUGCUAUGUUGAUACUAUCUUAACAACCCCUCAUUACCCAGGCGAAGAUGAAAAACUACGCGCUACCAAUAUCUCACGGCGAAGAGGAGGCAACUGCCCUAACACCCUGGAGGUGCUCCAGCAAUUGACCGUCCAUAGCCUGUCGCAAACAGGGGUAUCGCUGAAUCUUAUUGCUGUUCUGCCAGCAAAAUCUUCUAUUGCAACUCAGCAAAUCCAGUCUGCCUUUGAGCCUCGUGUUCAGCUCACCCAUUGUAUCUAUCGAGAGCAAUAUGCAGAGCCGGCUUCAAGUUAUAUCUUCAAAAGCCAGUCCUCUGGGAGCAGGACUAUUGUUAACUAUAAUGAACUCCCGGAGAUGACGGUCGAGGAGUUUAAGCGAAUCGCAGACGACCUAGGUUCAAAGGCCACAUGGUUUCAUUUUGAGGGUCGCAUACCUGAUGUCACGCUGGCCUGUAUACAAUAUCUUCGGCAACAGUUUCCUUCUUUGAUAAUCAGUGUCGAAGUAGAAAAGCCAGGACGAGAAGGCCUACAGGAGCUGGCUAUGGAAGCUGACGUUGUCUUCUACUCCAAAAGCUGGGCUCAGGUAAUCUCGCUCGCGCUUACAAUGUUAAGAACUUUUUGCUAA